AUGGCACUGAGCUUGGCGAUACCAGUGCGAAGCACUGUACAAGCUCCCAGAGGGCUCCGAGGACAGCUGGCAAAGGGUGGGAAACCUCUCCCCACCACGCUUCCAUGGCGAACCGUCGAUGUGUUUUGUGGCUGCGGUGCAGGCGUUUUGAUCGCAGUCGCGCGACACCGCGGCUGCACACGGGCGGCAUUGCGCGAGGGUGACGUCGGAGAGCGUGGAGCAGAGGAGUUUUUUCCCAAGACCGAGUUCCAAGAGUCUGCCACAAGCGCAAAGAUUCCUUGCGAACCAGCGAUAAGAAUAGGCCAUGGGUAUGACAUCCACAGGAUGCUGCCCCGGGAUGAGCCCGAGGGCUGGGGCAAGUGCUCGCCACAGCCGGCCGUCAUCGGCGGGGUUACAUUUGAGGAAUUUCCGUUGGGAGUGGUCGCCCACUCGGACGGCGAUGUGGUAUACCACUCGACGAUUGAUGCAAUAUUAGGUGCCCUGGGUCUACCGGACAUUGGGCAGCUGUUUCCGGAUAACGACCCGCGCUGGCGAGGCGCAAACUCCGAGCAGUUCUUUGACGAGGCAGUUCGGCUGAUGGGCCUGCGUGGAUAUCGGAUUGGCAAUGUCGAUGUGACAAUUAUCGCAGAGAAGCCCCGCCUGGCUGCACGAAAGGCAGACAUGAAAGACAACCUCGUCCGCAUUUGCGACACCAUCCCGGCAAGAGUCAACCUCAAGGCGAGAACGCACGAGAAGAUGGACUCUGUCGGGGAGUGCCGUGCACUUGAAUGCCAUGCUUGUGUGCUCUUGGAAAAGGCUUGA